AUGGGCUUCUUGAUCAGGCUACUGGGUCCCUCCGCCACCAAUCCGUACUUCAAACGUUUAGAGGAGGCAGAACAGACCAUCCGACAGCUGCUUGCCCUUCGCACCAUGAGUUUCGAGAUUCUUCAUCUCGCAUCUGGCGAUGUCCAGAUAGCAUUAGAGGAUCGCAAUAGUAGACUGGAGGAGACAACGUCGUUGGAUGCAAGGCUGACGAAAGAGCUGGAGCGCGCUACGGUCGAGAACGAGCGAGCAAGCCCGACACACCAAGAGGCUGAUUCCCGCAUCUCCCGCCUGUCUUUGGAGAUAGCGGAGACCAAACAAAUCAUCGCUAAUGCGCAGGCCUUAUUGGCUACCCAGGAGAAGGCUCGCGAACAGGUGAUGGGGGAGUUGGAGGAACUUGGGUCUCGACGGCAGCUGGCCGUUGACGCUAUUGAGGAGAAAGACCGAGCCCUCAAGGAGGUGAGGCACACUGUCCAAGACUUGCUUUCACGCUCUGAGGAGGAUAUUCGUCGAGAGAUCCUGAGGAGGCUCAAGCUCAGGCGUGCUGAAGAGAUUCACGAGUUGUAUUCGCGACUGAGAGAUUUGUAA